AUGGAGGGGUCGUCGGCGGCGUCGGCGUCGGCGUCGAUGGGGGCGGCGGCGCGGGCGGCGCGGGCGGGGGCGAAGGUGUGCGGCAAGGAGGAGAAGGUGGUGGGCGUGCAGAAGGCGCCGGGGAGCUGCCCGUACUGCGGCGGCGGGGUGGUGGCCACGGACGUGGAGGCCAAGUGGGUGCUCUGCUUCCUGCCGCUCUGCCUCAAGAACAAGCGCAGGUUCGCCUGCACCGCCUGCGCCCGCCGCCUCGUCACCUACCCCGCCAUUGUCCAGGACUAG